AUGGAUCGAGUAAAAGAACAAGUCGACGCUCUGAAGGGCGCGGGAGAUAAGAACACCGCCGAGAAAGUACCGCCCGAGGACAGCAGGCGAGAGAGCACCGGCGCUGCGGAACGGGUCGAGACACCGGAGGCUGCGGAGAAGCUCGGCGACGAGGAAGCGGCUGCAGAGCCGGCGGGCGUCGUGUCCGGAGACGCGGCGCAGAGGGGCAGAGCGUCGACGUCGCCGGGAGAGGAGGACGCGGAGGUGGACGCGGCGCUGGCGCGGCUGGCCGAGUCGGCGCCGGACCCGGCGGCGUUCCGGCGGCGCGUGCUGCGGCUGCUGCGAGACACGGAGCGCCGCAUGGCCGAGAGCGAGGAGGCGACGCCGGGGGCGGUGCGGCGCCGCGUGCGCCACCUGCGCUACCUGCAGCUGGGGCUGGCCUACCUGCGGGCCGCCUUCGACAAGGAGGUGUUCCAGCUGCAGCGCCGCUACCACGCCCUGCUGCAGCCGCUGCGCGAGUGCCGCCGCCUCAUCGCCGCCGGCCUGGCCGAGCCCACCGCCGAGGAGUGCGCCGGCGCCGCCGCCGAGGACGCCGAAGCGCCGCCGGUCAGCGGCAUCCCCAACUUCUGGCUGCGGGCGCUGAGGAACUCGCUGACGGUGGGCCCGCUGAUCACUGAGCGCGACGCCGAGGUGCUGCGCCACCUGGUCGACAUUCGCGUCGUCAUGGAGGACCGCGAGCAGCCCGGCUUCCGGCUGGAGUUUCACUUCGCGCCCAACGACUACAUCGCGGACUCGGUGCUCACCAAGGAGUUCGACGUGAGCUUCGACCCAGAGCCGGAGGACCCGCUGUGCGGCGGCGGCAUGCGCAUCGUCGCGAUGCGAGGCAGCGGCGUUACCUGGAAGUCGCCGGAGGCCGACGUGACGCGGCACCCGCGCUCGGGCAGGACCUGCGACUCCUGCUUCCACUUCUUCGCCCGGGACGCGCCUGCGGGCACCAGCGACGACGACGAGCUGGACGCGUGGGAGCGCGACGUGGACGUGGGGCUGCACCUGCAGAGCAGCCUGGUGCCGCGCGCCGUGCUCUUCUACACGGGCGAGGCCGCCCAGACCGACUACAGCGACUCCGAGUACGAGUCCUACAGCAGCAGCUCCAGCAGCAGCCAAAGCCUACUGGAAAGAGAAUGUGAAGUAUAUUUUACAUAUGGUACUCUAAAAUAG